AGCCCAUUUUACGAGCCACCAACGAAAUAGCUGGCCCAACCCGGAUACGCAGAGGUGUGAUCAAUAUUGAUAAUUUCGGUCUCUGUGCAUAGCGCCUAGAGGUAUUUAAGUAUCCUUGAUGAGGACAGCUCCUCUCCGGAACAUGCUUUGAAGAAAGGGGAGAAUAGAAGUUAUCACAUCACAAGUCUGCAGUAGGCCUAGUAUAAUUCUAAAAACGUACAGUGGGAGUGGACGUAGGUAGGUGUGUGUGGUACGAGUUUUCCCAGUCGUGGAUAGUUGUAUGCCGAAUAGUGUGCCGUGUUGUAAGCUACAAAAAGCAUCGACGAGAGAUGGCGGAAUGUGGGAGGAAGGCGCUGUCUGUCCUGGAGGCGGCUCGCUCACGCUACGAGAGCUUGCAGAUCUCAGAUGAUGUUUUUGGGGAAUCGGGAGAUGACAGCAGCGACAAUCCUUUUUACAGCACUUCGGGUGACUCGAAUUCGGAUAACUGCUGCAUGGAGGCCGGCGACGAUCAAAGGUCAGGUGAGACUGUGAGUUGUCAAAGCGGAGGUCCACCAGGCUCCAUCUCAAUAACUCAAGCAGAAGAGGAUGGAUGGAGCGAAACCCUGCAAGAUAUCACGGUGGCCCCAUACAACGAGACAUAUGGCCCUACCCAGAGAAUGCCAGCUACAGCCACUUGCAUGGACUUCUUCCAGCUCUUUGUGCCCGACAACGCCAUCCAGAACAUGGUGACGCAGACCAACAUGUAUGCCAAGAAGUACCAGGAGCGCUUCGGCAGCGACGAGGGCUGGCGGAACGUGACGGCGGCCGAGAUGAAGGCCUUCCUAGGCUUGGUGACUUCCACCAGCGUUCACCGCUGUGAGUCAGUGCUCAGUAUCUGGAGCAGCGGCUUCUUCAGCAACCGCAGCAUUGCACUCAAGAUGAGCCAGGCGCGCUUCGAGAAGAUCCUCAAGUACUUCCAUAUCGUGGCCUUCCGCUCCAGCCACGGCAGCCAUGGCCUCUACAAGAUCCAGCCCUUCCUGGACUCACUGCAGCAGUCGUUCGGCUGCAGCACCUUCCGCCCCUCACAGACUCAGGUGCUCCAUGAGCCCCUUAUUGACGAGGACCCAGUGUUCAUCACCACCUGUACAGAGAGAGAGCUGAGGAAGAGGAAGAAGAGGAAGUUCAGUCUGUGGGUCCGCCAGUGCACAUCCACUGGUUUCAUCUGUCAGAUCUAUGUGCAUCUGAAGGAGGGCCAGGGUCCUGAUGGGUUGGCCACCCUGAAGAACAAGCCUCAGCUCCACAGUAUGGUGGCCAAACAGCUGUGUCAGAACCUCUCAGGCCGCAACAGCAUCAUCUUCACCGGGCCCAGCAUCACCAGCCUCAACCUGUACCAGGAGUUUGAGAAACAGGAGAUCUACUGCUGUGGGCUGCUGAGCACCAGGAAGAGUGACUGCACCGGCCUGCCCCAGUGCAUGCUGGUGAACCCUGAGAGCCCCCAGCAGAGAGGCCAGUCCCGCAGCAUGAUGAGAGGCAACACCUCCCUCAUCAGCUGGUACAACAAGGGACACUUCCGCUUCCUUACCAACGCCUACUCACCCACCAAGGAAGGGGUGAUCAUCAAGAGGAAAAGUGGUGAGAUUCCCUGUCCGCUGGCUGUGGAGGCCUUCGCUGCACACCUCAGCUACAUCUGCAAGUAUGACGACAAGUACAGCAAGUAUUUUAUCUUCCACAAGCCCAACAAGACGUGGCAGCAGGUGUUCUGGCUGACCAUCAGCAUCGCUAUAAACAACGCCUAUAUUCUGUACAAGAUGUCCGAUGCCUACCACAUCAAGCGCUACAGCCGAGCUCAGUUUGGUGAGAGACUGGUGAGGGAGCUGCUGGAUUUAGAUGACUGCUCCCCCACCCAGUGAGGAGACCACAUAAUCUUUAUAAUAUACACCCACAUACUGUACCCACACACACUGUCACGUCACACACGUACCCACACACACUGUCACGUCACACACGUACCCACACACACUGUCACGUCACACACGUACCCACACACACUGUCACGUCACACACGUACCCACACACACUGUCACGUCUCACACGUACCCACACACACUGUCACGUCACACACACUGUCACGUCACUCACGUACCCACACACACUGUCAUGUCACACACGUACCCACACACACUGUCACGUCACACACACAUUGUCAUGUCACGUCACACACGUACCCACACACACUGUCACGUCUCACACGUACCCACACACACUGUCACGUCACACACGUACCCACACACACUGUCACGUCACACACGUACCCACACACACUGUCACGUCUCACACGUACCCACACACACUGUCACGUCUCACACGUACCCACACACACUGUCACGUCUCACACGUACCCACACACACUGUCACGUCUCACACGUACCCACACACACUGUCACGUCUCACACGUACCCACACACACUGUCACGUCUCACACGUACCCACACACACUGUCACGUCUCACACGUACCCACACACACUGUCACGUCUCACACGUGAACACACACACACUGUCACGUCUCACACGUGAACACACACACACUGUCACGUCUCACACGUGAACACACACACACUGUCACGUCUCACACGUACCCACACACACUGUCACGUCUCACACGUACCCACACACACUGUCACGUCUCACACACGUACCCACACACACUGUCACGUCUCACACGUACCCACACACACUGUCACGUCUCACACGUACCCACACACACUGUCACGUCUCACACGUACCCACACACACACUGUCACGUCUCACACGUCACACACACUGUCACGUCACACACACACUGUCACGUCACACACACACGCACACACACACUGUCACGUCUCACACGUGAACACACACACACUGUCACGUCUCACACGUGAACACACACACACUGUCACGUCUCACACGUGAACACACACACACAGUGUCACGUCUCAAACACACACUGUCAUGUCUCACAUGUACCCAAACACUUUCACGUCUCACACGUACCCAAACACACACUGUUCAUCACACGCAAACCACUAAUGCACACUAACCACACCCACUAAUACAUAUUUUCUUUACAAUUGUAGACACUGGAAUACGUAAUUCCUUAAAUGAAACCAUAUUUGAAUAGUGUCUGUGUUAAAUGGGUUUGGGGACAAAACCUCUAGGUGUAGAGCGCAGGUCUCUAUAUCUGAGUCUGAACUCAAGAGAAAUGUCUAUAACGUUUCAUUACUGAGGCACAAAGCAAAGCCAUUGUACUAUCCACAUGCCUCAUAAUGUUAGUGUCACAAGCUGCAUGACAAAAAAGUGUUUGGAUAAUUUACUCUUCAAAUGUGCAGAAUGUUUCUUAUUUUUUUCUGACCGGGUUAAACGUUGUUUCCAUGUAGUGCAAUGUCACUCUGUAAUGUCAAUCUAUGAUUCUAUUGGACCACCUACCGAGCAACAUCUGGGAUUUUCUCUCCAACAUAGACCUGAACCACUAAGCAGAUAUACUGUAUAUAUACAUAAUGCCCAGGAUCCAUGAUGUUUAAAUGAAAUAUGGAGGAGAAGUAGACCUACGUUACUAUUUCCUUCCAGAGCUCCUUCUGCAGAUGGUUCAUACCUGGAAUGGGAAAUGUCCUACUUAUCAGGGUUGUGCUUACUGUACUCAACUCCAUAUCUCAGUCAAUAGGAACCUUUCAACUUGACAUCAGAUUAUAUGACUGGCAGUCCUUAUAUUUGCAACAUCAUUGGAAAUACUGGAUGGUGUGACUUGUGGUCAGGUUUUCAGACUGCAAAGGGAAGGUUUGAUGAUAUGAUAAACGAUACCAGUCCUUGCCAAUACUGGCCACAUGUACGUUGGUUUGGAUGAGGCGUACUCAAUGUGGCAUAGUCUUGGAUCAUCGAGAGCUGCAGGGGUCAGUUCAGUUCACCUCUAGAUAUACACGCUGAAUCGUCCACAGCCAUACUCACUCACUGACAGACCACACAGACAUGGGCUGUUCCCAGUUCAGGUCUACUGAAUAGGGCGGGGUCUCUGGCUCGGCUGGUCACGUCCACAGCUCAUUCCCUGGAAGCAAGCCUGACAUUGAUCUAUAAAGUAUGUGAUUUGAUAUUAAACAUUUCAUACCAUUCACCAAUGACUCUCAGUCCAAUGAUGUCACUAAAAGAUGGAGAGAAGACAACACCAGACCCACAGAAGUUUGUCAACAUUAUUCCUUCCAAAUGUGCUUUGGAGAAUGGAUUCUCCUGUUCUGUAAUGACUUUGAGAGGGUGCUGUCUUGCAUCUUGUAUGGAGACAGAAUAGUACCCCGAUGUGUUGUAUGUGGAGCUGUUUAAGUCAGUGAAGUGAAUGUCACUGUGGAUUAAUAAUGUCUUCUUGGCCAAUAGACUUAUGUCAGUGUAAAAGUGUGCAAUUCCAAAGUCCACACACACAGGCCUAUUUUAUCCCUUGGCCGAUAACAUACAUUCGUGCUUGUCCACUCCUUGCCACUGUGACUGUCUUAUUGAUGUGUGAAGUGUUUGUGAGAUUUGUCCUAACUAGGACACUACUCAUGCACUUUCGAUCGUCUUGCACUUUAAAGUGAUUCAAUAAAGGUCUAUUGAUGUUUACUAAAUAUCCCUAGCUAUGAUGAAUCCCAUUAAUUAAUGGUUGUACUAAAUGCUUCCUCGGAAAAUAGGAGUUAAAUGAUGCACAUUAAUACUCCAUAACUCUUGUGUAAAUCCAUGCUCUGUCACAGAAUACUGAAGAUUAAUGCUGUUUAACUGGUAUCGACUAGGUUUCCUCCCUAAUUAUUGAGUGCUCGAAUAUUCUUUGAAGAAGCAGGAAAUCAAAGUUUACUAGAAAGGGAAAUGAGUGUCUAUUGAGUGCUGACUUAUGCAACCUAGCGCUACAAUAUUUAUGUAGGAAUGAUUUAAAGGGGAUAUUGCUGAUCAACUAAAGUAGAUGAUGAACACUAAAAACCAAUGAAAUUGAAAAUGUUAUGAAUAUUUACCUAAAUAUAUAAUAUGUGCAUAGGCAAUUGUGGUAAAUGUGUUUUUGUGUGCAGAUAAGGUAUGUAUACUGAACAAAAAUAUAAAGGCAACAUGCAACCAUUUGAAAGAUUUUACUGGGUUACAGUUCAUAACAGAACAUCAGUCAAUGUAAAUAACUUCAUUAGGACCUAAUCUAUGGAUUUCACAUGACUGGUAAUACAUAUAUGCAUCUAUUGGUCACAGAUAACAACUAUAAAAGGUAGGGGCGUGGAUCAGAUCCUCUUCAAUGGCUGUGCUAAGUUGAUGGAUAUUGGCGGGAACUGGAACACACUGUCGUACACGUCGAUCCAGAGCAUCCCAAACAUGCUCAACGGGUGACAUGUCUUGUGAGUAUGCAGGCCAUGGAAGAACUGGGAUAUUUUCAGCUUCCAGGAAUUGUGUACAGAUCCUUGGGGCAGUGCAUUAUCAUGCUGAAACAUGAGGUUGAAGAAUGGCACGACAAUGGGCCUCAGGAUCUCAUCAAGGUAUCUCUGUGCAUUCAAAUUACCAUCGAUAAAAUCAACUGUGUUCGUUGUCCAUAGCUUAUGCCUGCCCAUACCAUGCAGUAAACCCACCUCCACCAUUUGGGCACUCUGCCAACAACGUUAACAUCAGUGAACCACUCGCCCACAUAACUGCGGUUGUGAGGACGUACUGCCAAGUUCUAUAAAACAACAUUUAUGGUAGAGAAAUUAACAUUAAAUUCUCUGGCAACAACUCUGUUGGACAUUCCUGCAGUCAGAAUUCCAAUUGUACAUGUCCUCAUCUUGAGACAUCUGUGGCAUUGUGUUGUGGGACAAAACUGCACAUUUUAGUGGCCUUUUGUCCCCAGUACAAGGUGCGCCUAUGUAAUGAUCAUGCUGUGUAAUUAGCUUCUUGAUAUGCCACACCUGUCAUGUGGAUGGAUAAUCUUGGCAAAGGAGAAAUGCUCACUAACAGGGAUGUAAAUAAAUGUGUGCAGAAAAUUUGAGCGAAGUAAGCUUUUUGUCCGUAUGGAACAUUUCUGACAUCUUUUAUUUCAGCUCAUAAAACAUGGGACCAACAUUUCAUGUUGCGAUUAUAUUUUUUUAGUGUAUGAUUAUAGUUCUAUUAGUCUUCACUUAUAGGUAAGACAAAUGAUUGUCAUUUUUCACAUUUUCUUUCCCCAAAAGACAUUGUCAUUCUUGUGUAUGUUUGUGUGAGCCACUAGUUCUGUGCACUGAUCACUGUCUGAAAGAAGCUCUGACAUGCCAUACAUCGGUUGAUAAUGUUCAUAACAAUGCUCUUUUGUUCUGAAUUGUUAUAGUGAUAGACACCAAGAAGUAUGCAUGUUACAGUCAACAACUGUUCAAAAUAAACACUUCUACUCAGCCAUGUAUUAGAUAUUUUCUCAGUGCCUUGUACAUAUAACAUAUUUUGGUAUUUUGGUAUGUUAAAAGAGAGCAAUAUGGACAAAACCACAAAGGCAUUUGAUGCCAGUAUCAUCGAUUUCACGUCUUCUGCAUAGAAAAUAUAUAAUUUAUUCGAGACAGAUUAACAAAUGACAGUUUGUCAUGUCAAUCUGUAUAAUGCAUGUGUUCAUGAAUUUCAUUAUUUUCUCACUCCAUGAUUCUACUAUUAGGUUUUACGUUCAACCCUUACAACACAGAUAGCCAAGUCAUAUUCAGUACCUGAGGCCACAUCCUAUCAUUCUUUUUUAGCAUCCAUGGCCAUUUCUCAUUGCCUGAAAUGUCUGUGUCAGUCUGAUAUCACUGUAAUUCCCUAUAGCAUCUGAGAGGCCAUUUUUAUUUACCAUUCCUCCAUCUUUUCCCAUCGUUCACGAUCAGCUCCUUUGUCUAGGUCACAUUGAGGGAGGUUGUUGCCCUGGCACCACACUGCCAGUUCUCUGACCUCCUCCCUAUAGGCGGUCUCAUCGUUGUCGGUGAUCAGGCCUACCAUUGUUGUGUCGUCAGCAAACUUGGGUGAACAGGGAAUACAGAAGGGGACUAAGUACACACCCCUGAGGGGCCCCAGUGUUAAGGAUCAGCAUGACAGAUGUGUUGUUGCCUACCCUUACCACCUGAGGGUGGCCCGUCUCAGCAUGACAGAUGUGUUGUUGCCUACCCUUACCACCUGAGGGUGGCCCGUCAGGAAGUCCAGUAUCCAGUUGCAGAGGGAGGAGUUUUGUCCCAGAGUCCUUAGCUUAGUGAUGAGCUUCAUGGGCACUAUGGUGUUGAACACUGAGCUGUAAUCAAUGAACAGCAUUCUCACAUAGCUGUUCCUUUUGUCCAGCUGAGAAACACAUAGCUGUUCCUUUUGUCCAGCUGAGAAAGGUCAGUGUGGAGUGCGAUUGAGAUUGCGUCAUCUGUGGAUCUGUAGGGGCGGUAUGCGAAUUGGAGUGGGUCUAGGGUGUCCGGGAGGAUGCUGUUGACCAGCCUGUCAAAGCACUUCAGGCCUACGGACGUGAGUGCCACGGGGCGGUACCACUCCAGUGCACCCACCUCUACCUCUAAACUAAGCUCUUAAUGGACAAUCUGAGACUGCAUGCAAAUAAGGAUAUUACCAUACACUGCAUCUCUUUGGCUAGUCAGGCAGCCCAUGCCCAUUGUGUUCUUAAUAGUUUUUUAAUAGUGUUCUCAACAUUUUUUUACUCACUAUUUUGUGAAUGUUUUUCAUUCAAUUUAAUCUUCACUCUGCAUUAGUGAUCAAGACUGAUAAAACACUGUAAAUACAGUAUAAUAGCCAACAUGGAGUCUAUAAUUUUGAGAGAGACUGAAGUUUAAUGGAAGUAGCUCAGUGAACUGUGAAGUUUAAUGGAAGUAGCUCAGUGAACUGUGAAGUUUAAUAGAAGUAGCUCAGUGAACUGUGAAGUUUAAUGGAAGUAGCUCAGUGAACUGUGAAGUUUAAUGGAAGUAGCUCAGUGAACUGUGAAGUUUAAUGGAAGUAGCUCAGUGAACUGUGAAGUUUAAUGGAAGUAGCUCAGUGAACUGUGAAGUUUAAUGGAAGUAGCUCAGUGAACUGUGCUCGUGUCGUGUGAUGAGUAACCUUGCCUCUGCCUAUAGGCUUGAAUAUGCAAAGAAGCCAAUCUCAAAAUAAUAGUGCUGCCACAUCUGCAGGAACAUUGAGACCUCAUUGUUAUGUCUUUCUGUAGGCCUAUAGUGCAAUGUGGUAAUUGAAAGUCUAAAGUUGAGACAAAGAUGUAUGGUGGAGACACUCAUUUCAAGGAAAGGAAAUUAACUUUGCUGACCUCAGGGCAUCAUUAUUUGAUAUUCAAAGGUUAAUUAAAAAUAAAUACAAUAAGGUGCUAUCAAAAUACUGUAAAGAAUUCUAGUAGAUAAUAUUGAAAUAUUUAUCAUAAUGUUCUCAAUCAUUGGUCAGUAGUAAAUUUGUAAAGAAUAUUAAGGGAAGUUGAAAUUAAAUCUAGUUUCAGCGUAGUAUAUUUCACAUUGUACUAAUGUGUAUAUAGCUCAUGUAAACUGGACCAAACAUCCUAACAUAUCGGAUUAAUUCUAUAAGAAUGUAAUGUCAAAAAAACUAUGUAUGAUUGCUCUGAGAAUGUUGUGUUGCAGAAACUGCUUCUCGUCCUGUGUGUCUUCCAUCGGUGGAGGAAAAGUGAUAGCUGUGUCAUGUUUGUACACUCCUCAUUGUGUAUUCCCUCUAAUCUCCAUGUUAACUGUGCACCCCCCUGGGCCCAGUUUUUCAAGUUGUUUAUCUAGAUUUCUCCUAUCAGAUGGCAUUAAAUGCAUAGAAAUAGAAUGCAUCCCCAUUUUCUGUUCUGUUCAUUCCAUGUCUAUAAAUUUAAUCCAAUCUGAUAGAAAUCCAUCUUUUGAAAAACUGGGCUAUGACUGACUUUGAAUCGUAUGUUGAUGAGCAUUUACACCAUGUUGCACACAUUUAAUAAAUGUUCAUGAUUUUAUACAC